UGGGCACAUCUGAUCAGCGAGCGAUUCAGCUUUCAGACAUGGGCGGUUGCGUAGGUAUCGCGGGGAAGCAUUCCAUUCGUCAUUGAUCCUGUCGUUCGGCGUCGUUAUCGGGCCAGUUCCUGCGGAAGGAUGAAGCCGGUGUUUCGGUGCAGCCACAGAGAACGAGACGCGCAAGACCCAAGCCUGCAAGUGACCCGGUAGACGAGGGCCUCCCCUCCACCACACAGGCCGGCAGAGCUCGAAACAUUCUUUCUGAUACGUAAAAAAAUUUUCGUCCGCCACCUCGCAAGAAAAAAAAAAAAAGAAAGGAACUCAAACAUGGCCGUCAACAUGGAGAAAGUCGGUGUGAUGUUCGCCGGUGCGAUUGUCUCCUUUCUAGCGAGUGUGUGUUGGGCCAGCGCGCCCAUGGACAUCAAAAUGGACGAAAAAGCGCGCAGCAUCCACAGGAUCGACACGGUCAACAUUCUCGUGUACACGUCUCUGCUCAUCCUGACCGUGUGUAUCAUUUGGCUCUUCAAACGUCGCCGGGCCCGCUUUCUCCACGAAACGGGGCUCGCAAUCAUAUUCGGGCUGAUUGUGGGCGCCAUCGUGCGCUACGCAAGCGACGAGACGGAGAUGUCGCACGUGCGGGUGCUUCCCGUGCGGGGGAGCAACUACAGCGACGCCUAUCCCCCGGACAAUGUCUUUGUGCUCCUGGAGAUCGCCAAGACGGACGCGAACCACAAGGAGAACAAGACGUACGCCUACAACUUUCAGGGGGAGGUCACCGACGUGGAGAGCAAGAAACUCAACCAGAAGGCAACGUUUGAUCCAGAGAUAUUUUUCAACAUCAUCCUACCUCCCAUCAUCUUCAAUGCAGGGUACAGUCUCAAAAGGAAAUUCUUCUUCAGAAAUUUGGGCACGAUCAUGACCUACGCUUUUGUGGGCACUACAAUCUCUUGCUUCGUUGUCGGGGUUAUUCUUUACUCAUUCUUGCUGCUCAUGCCCCACCUGGAGUUCACAUUCAAUAAUUGCCUGUACUUUGGUGCCAUCAUUUCUGCCACAGACCCUGUAACGGUCUUGGCCAUAUUCCAUGACCUUCACGUUGAUGUCAACCUGUAUGCCCUAGUCUUUGGAGAGAGCAUCUUAAACGAUGCAGUGGCCAUUGGCUUAGUGUCGGCAAUAUCAAGCUACGAAGAAAACAACAACGAAGGGAAGGAGUUUGAAGUGACCGCAGCCUUCAAAGCUUUCGGCAACUUCGUCUACAUUUUUCUGUGCUCCUUUAUAAUUGGGUCUCUCACCGGAUGUGUCACAGCUCUUAUGACCAAGUUCACGAAGCUUUGCGACUUUCCGCUGCUGGAGAGCUGCCUCUUCGUGCUCAUGUCAUACACCUCCUUUCUAAUUGCCGAGGCAUUAGAUCUGACGGGUAUUGUGGCCGUGUUGUUCUGCGGGAUCUGUCAAGCCCAUUACACCUACAACAACCUGUCGGUGGAGUCUCGGUUAAGAACGAAACAGCUGUUCGAGCUGUUAAAUUUCCUUGCGGAGAAUUUCAUCUUCAGUUAUAUUGGUGUGUCUAUGUUCACGUACAAGAAACACAGAUGGGAUGCUGGCUUCAUCCUAGUGGCCUUUCUAGCAAUAGCUGUUGGCAGAGCAGUGUACAUCUAUCCGCUAACGUUCCUGCUGAACUUGGGGAGGACAAACAAGAUCCCGAUAGCCUUUCAGCACGUGCUCUUCUUUUCAGGCCUACGCGGUGCCAUGGCCUUUGCUCUGGCAAUCCGAAACACUCUUUCGGAGCAGAGGCACCUUAUUCUCACGGCCACGUCCCUCAUCGCCAUUGUGACGGUGAUCGUGUGUGGUGGCUGCACCACGCAGCUCCUGGCAUGGCUGAGCAUUCCAGUGGGGAUUGAAGAGGAACACGAGAUGCUUCAAUUCACAGGAGUGCGGCCUGCCCAACAGGUGCAAACGCCACCAGAGUUAAGAAGCCCUCCACCGCAGCCCGAGAGCAAGACGCCGUACGAAAAGGCUUGGCUCGUACGCAAGUGGUACAACUUUGACGUCAAAUUCAUGAAGCCCCUGCUGACGCACAGCCGCCCCACGCUGCUCGACACGCUCCCCAAGUGCUGCCUCCCCGUGGCCCACGUGCUCACCUCGACGGAGCAGCUGAUGCAGGAGGACGCUCGGCCAAGGGACGAUGACUCAGACACUGACCUGUGCCUCGAUGAGAGCGACUUUCACUUGCCCGAGCGGAACAGCGCCUCCAUUCGGGGAUCCCUGUCCAGGGUAAACCCCGCUCUUGCUCCCCAGGUGUUUGUCAUUGAGAAACCCUCGCAGCGGUCCCCGCUCCCCGGGGGAGACCAGAACGGGACCCCGCUGACCCUCCCCUUCUCAUCGUCGUCCUCUCCCUUUGGGGACCUGUGACCACCGCUGGUCUGUGCCACAUCUUCUGGACCUAGAAGCCGUCACCCUAUCAGUAAAAGAAACCCGAGCUCUAAAAUGAGAGAUGGGCGGCAUUCACAAACGCGCCAUAUCUGUUCAAGCGGUUCGUCUUGCCUUUGGCCCAUCUUCUUUAGACUAGGGUUUCGUGUUUUCGGGCUUUCAUUUUUUUGUCCCGUAGAUUUGGGUUUUUUAGGUGUCUGUGUUCGUUUGCUUGCGUUCAGGGAGCAAUGUCUGCAUUUAGUGGGGCUCGUGUUAAAGGGAUACUACAACGAAAUUGCAACGCUUAUUUCUUGGUUUGUUCAUGUUCAAGGGAGGAGUACCGCUUCAGACACACCAGUCUGUUGUUAAAAAAGAACACGAAAAGGAAUUAUAAAGCAAAUGAAACAAUUGGCAAAGAGCACCUGGUGGAUGUCGCUAACGUCUCGUUUGUAAUGCCCUUCUAGGAACCUUGACAGGUAGUGACAAUGCCUGUUUCACCUCCGGCCACCACGAGAGGAGGGGAAGAAGGAACUCCCCUCUUACCAGGACACUCUUAUUGUGUGUCCCAGACGUUGCUAUUGUUUCUCAACAAGGUUAUAGAAGAUUAACCCGUCGCUCAAAAUUCUUACAAAAGCAGUUUUGGGGUUAGUUGUGGGUGGCCCGAUCACUGGCAUGCUUCGGCUGCUUAGGUGGCUGAAACAGCUAGGACAUCCUCUCAACGUCAGCCUCGCGGCAGCUUUGCUCGUCCCGAGAUAAUCUAUGUCACGAUUGCGGCGGAUGUCACAUGCUCUCCGCUGGCUGCUCUCCGAGCGCUCGCCAGAUUGGGCCAUUUUUUAACGAAAAAUACAGCCAUCCAGGCUCGAAAUACAAAACGUGUGAUUGUAAUUCGCAUCGUAUUCAGUCUAUUUCUGAACACGAUGGGUAUAUUUCAAAUUUUGUUGGAGUAUCCCUUUAAAGAGAAUGGGACACUUCUGCAGGAUUCCUCCACUUUCGGAAGCAUGCACGUGAUGCAAAUGCUUGGAAAAAGGUCACUGUACCAAUAAGAGAAGAAAACAAGAUUGCAGCUCCUAAAGAAAAAAGCAGCCUCGCAGAAAUUUCAGUGCGGGCUGUGUUUUGAGUCAAUGCAAAAAAAAGCUGUAGACAAAGAUUUCUUUCUGUGAAGCUGGAUUUUGCUUGUUCAAGGACAGUUUUCCUUUGGCGUUUUUCAGUUUUCACCAGAUCUUUAAUCCGACUCAGGGAUGACUUUUCCAAGUUUAUACGCAUCUACCGAAAACACGAUUCCUUUAUAUUGGGUAGUUUUAGGACCCUAGCUAAUUUAGCUAAGUGAGAGCUCCGGCGAUAUCACUUUGCAUUUUGCUGUGGCUGACAUUACUGGCUAGUAUUCCCAAAGAUGCACUUCACUGCUGACAAGACGGCAGCUUAGCUGCUGCAUACCCUGAACACUGAAGUCCGGUCCAGAAGAUUGUGACCAGUGCCUGUGAACUGUGAUUCUGUUUUUUUUUUGUUUUGUGUGUGUGUUUUUUUUACUUGUUCAAAGUGUUCCUUGGACUGUGCCGCACAAAUGUCUGUGCGUUUGUCCACUGUCUUUUUGAGUUGUCUGUGUCGCACAAAACUCGGGGCUUCCCCAUGUCUGGUCUCGGCACUUCCGUCGUGCGUUUUCUCGAUUGAGACCGGUGACCGUUGUGUCCUUUCUGUGGUGAAAUCUUGGCAGCAUGUCGAUCUGUAGAUAUCGGCACCUGCUGCAUUGUGGUUGAAGGAGGCGGGUCUUAGAGCGGAGGAGUUGCCGAGAACAAACGUCGUUGUGAUUGACAGGGUUUGUAGUAAAGUCCUAUUUUUCUUUACUGAGCCAGCAGCCCUGUGUGUUUGUUAUUUGGCUCUAACAUCAUGUAGCUUGAGCACCUCGGGCAAAAACUUGAAGCAGACAAAGCAAAAGUUUGAGAGAACUUGUUUGACUCGACUGGGAAUGGAUGUAUUUUUCUCAGCAUCUCGAGUGUGCAGAUAAUGUAAUGGUUUUCUCGACAUCUGACCCAUACCUGCCAACGUUGUUUGGCAGGCUCUAAUUUUAUUGAAAAAGAAUAGGGACAUUCAUUCUGCACUUUGUGCUCCCACGGUGCCUUUGGUGCAUGUGCACUCAUACAGCACAAACACUCUCCAAAGCUGUAUGCCCCUGUGGCUUUUGCAAUGUUGCAUGAAGGCAUUGGCACCAGGUGUCAAGAUGGCAGCUGUCGUCAGCACCAUGUGAACCAAACCAGUAGCUGGGUGAAUAAUUAUCAGUGUCCACGAUCAAGCAACAGUAUGUGUAACGUUCAGUGUCGGAAAAUGGAAAUCAAAGCUUUGCAAACUCAACAUAUUUUUAUAAAAUAACUGGAAUAUUCAGUAAAGCAAUCGUUGCAUGUUUUACAAGGCAGCCUACUGAACCGACAGCUUGCUGAAAACAUUUCGAGGCAGCAUUGUAUUUUUUCUACGAAAUUUAUUUCCUAUUCUGUGUUGGUUCGGGCUUUAUCUCAUCCUUUCGUGAAAGGCAUGCAAAACUUUCCGCAUAGUUUUUGAGUGAGCGUCUGUGCUAAAUGGGAUGGCGCCUAUGCACUGUGGAAUCGUCGGGACAUUUGGAGGGGUGCUUGAAAUGAACAGAUGCUGGCAUCUGGCUUUGUCAUAUUUUGGAUCAUCUGUAAACAUUCGCUUCUUGACCUUGGAGAUGCCUAGUUUUAAAGACGUCACCUAUUUAUUGCAACGGCAUGUGAACGGGCGGGAGGUUCUUUGCUUACGCUCUAUGUCAUCUUCACCGUGCAUGUAUUAGGUGGCAGCUUUUGGCUCUGCUUCAAGUUCUUAAAUGAAGAGUGCUUGCUGGCUUGUGAUUAGGGUGUUGCAGAGAUAGUUCACAUAUUUAAUUUCAAGAGGCAUUUCAAGAAACUCUCGUCUGAAUGGCGCUCGCACACAUUCUUGGUGACACCAAUAGGUUUUUUCUAUUUCCAUUGUAGAACACAUUUCUGUAUGUGUCUUUAUUGCCUUUGUUUUCUGUAGGUUGUUUCACACUAUUUUUGUAUUUAUUUUUUGUGUCCACUUCCACAGUCGUUUGGUUUUAAGCCUCCAAAUUGGUGGGGCUGCACUCACUAGAUAAUGCCAAACUAAUUCAUUGAGAACUGGUUAUAUAUUUACAUCUAAGUGUUGCAGCACAGCUAGAUUUCAUAUCAAUCUUGGAAAUCCCUACAGUUGGGGCAUGGGGUGUUUUAACAUUAAUUUAUUAUAGCAUUUCAAGAUUAACAGAAGGGACCAUGAAAUAUUGCAAACUUUGUUUAACUGUAGCGAAAAUAAGACUUGCUAUGCCACACAAGACAGAACAGGCAUCACUCAUGUUUCGUGUUUGUUUUUCUUGCUUCAUACUUGUCAAUGAAUGUUACGAGUAGCUUUGGCAAAUUUCCCUUUUAAAACCAAUUGAGUUUGGUUACUUUGUGCGUAAUUUCAGCAUUCUAAUAGAAGCUGGUAAAGCAUUAUUUGCACAGAAUUUUCUGUGUGCAUUUUUGCUUGUGCACUUAGGUGACUGCAUAACCUGCAAUGUUGCGCUGGUUUUCGUCCCAUUCAAAUAUGGCCAUCGGAUGUCUCUAGUGUGGUAUCCAUGCAACUCAUCCUUUUAGCAAAUAAUACCAAACCUUGCUCUCAUCUCUGGGAAUAAACUUAAAAAAAGUAGUGGAACUGUUGCUUGGUUUCUUUCUUGUAUGAGUAGCUGGAGAUAAUUGUCGAAGGAAAUCUCUAUCUCAGACUAACUCAAGAACAGACAUACUCGCUAGUCCUUCCUAAGGUAUUAGAGGCUCUCCAUGAGAUACCCUCACUCACGGGUAACAACAUACCCAUAAACACCCUAUUGUUUACUGCUUUUAAGAACAUGCUAACAUAUAUUGUUAUGUGACUGCAAGGCUUGUAAUAUGUACAUAUACUUCUUUUCUGUUUCAUCUUUUAGGGUGACAAACAAGAUUGCCUAGUUCCUUUAGAGAAAUAGUGAAGUGCAUCUAACAGACUAGCAGCUGGUGUGUGCAACCCU